CGCAAACAAGUCGGCAGUACAUCAGCGGCUGCGCCUCCACUGGGUUGAGCAAGAGCUACCUCCACCACACCGAGCAAGGGAGGCAGGUGUAUGCGGACUUGGUGGAGAGGGUUUUUGCGAGCGUCGUUAAGAAAGGGUCUUCGACGAGCGAAGCACACGGCACGUUUCCUGUUCAGGGACAACAUCAAGGACUAGCACAGAGGGCACGUGGCUCGACGACGGAUGGUGGAUAUUUUCCUGUUCGCAGCACUGACGCUUUCACGCUGCAAGGUUACGCCAUGGUGGCGUGGAGCGCGGCUAAGUUCAAGUUGCACGACGUUGCGUGGUGGGCCCAGUUUGCAAAAACGGUUGUCUCGUCUUCUUUCUCGUGUGAUACGACGGGAGAGCGCCAAGGACGGGAGCAGCGGGCACCAGGGCGCAACUCGGAUCAUAGGAAGGAUAGUACACUACACAGCAGUAGGAGAGGUGGUGACGUCAUUACAGCAGGCCAAGAAAAAAGACCGUCUUCUGUCCCACCGAGCAAGAAUUUUACCGUAGCUCACCGCAACUUUAUUUGCGGCGCAUCGUCCGAGCAGGCCCAGUCCGCCGCCACGCUGCUGUGGGCAUUUGGCACCUUCGCGGGUCACCACGAAGCCGACGUUCUAGAGAUGCCGUUCUUGCGCCCAGUAUUCGAAAAAUUCGGAAACCGGGUGUUUUUUCCGGUCGAGAAAGAAACAUCUCCGGCGAUAAGUACAAGCAGGGGUGGGAACUACGAAAAGGGCGAUGACAAGCAGCCGGCGCCGCAAUGGCGCCCAACGACUCCGGUUUGCAAACCCUUGGACGCGGUGCAGUGCAUUUGGGCCGCUGCGAAGAUGAAACUUCUGCUGCCGUUAUGAAGGGAAAAAGUGCCGCGGACAAAAAGAAUAAAUCAAUCUGAAUGUUUUUCUAGGUUUUCAUUUUCGUUUAUAUAUAAGUAGAUUUUUGCAUGUCAGACCAAGAACUCGUUAACGCCUCUGACUCUUUUUUUGUCACGACCAAAUUUUUCCCUGUCACAGUCCGCCAGAGUACGAACCAACAUCAAUUUCCUACGGUCUUUCCUUCCCGCCCAGAGUUUGACGUUUGCUGAAGCCGCGACGCUGCUGCACAGCUGCGCGUCUCUGAAUUGGAAGCCUUCUACCUUUUGGGGCUGCGAAGAUGAGCCUGUGGCUGAUCACAAACAGAAACAGUGGCAAUUGCGUUCUCCACAAACUACCUACCAGCACAGCGGAGGAACACUUUCCGUGACUUCAGCACGAGGCAUGCAAUCAGAGCAGCGGGAUGAAAACAAAAAAGACUUUUACAUUUUGCGUGCGCUGCAGCACUUCUGCAAGCUGAAACAGGACCGGGACGCGAUAGCCAGGAUGAUUUCGAACAACCCAGACACAUUGGGUAGUAAUUGUUCAAUGAACAAUUCUUCCAUCGUGCUCUUACUCUGGGCGUCGGCGGUUUUUGCGGACGUUGCGUCUGCGUCGGCGCUGGUACAGCGCCUAGGUGUUGAGGUGAUGCAGAACAAAACAACUUUUCGGCGGGGGCGAUCGUGGAUCCUCACCCCGGAUUCCUGGGAGGCGCGGGCCUUGCAUAUGUCGGAAAAGAGCACGUGUGAGUUGGAUGUUCUGGGAAAUUAAGCAUGUUGACGAUUAUCGAGAGCAGGAGUUAAUCGACUACACACAAGUUAGUGAUCUCUCGCAAGAAAAUGUGCAUGACCAAGUGGAUGAAUCACGUCGGAUACUAGGUAUUUUUAUUUCGAAAAGGAACAAGUGACCCUUCUUGCAACCGUCUCUUCCCGAUCAUACCCCAAGCUAGUUUGCUGUGGUUGCGAUCAGAACUGACCACGUUGCCUUCGAUGAGGGGCGACAGCGAGGGGGAGAAAAAUUCUGUUGUCGAGGUAGCCCCGAAAGACCAGGAGCACGACCACAAAACACCUAACGUACUGCGCACGAUCGACACCCUUCUGACGGAGGUGCAGUACACUCCCCCGGUGGCGCCGACAGUGUCGCUGCUACACCAGAAAGUGCACAAGGUGUUGCAGGAACAAGUGUUACGGCAAGUCUUCUCCAGCGGUGUCGGGACAGAUUCCAGCAAGAAGGACGACCGUGCGAAAGAGCUCUCGGGUGGUGAGAACGACGAUCAUGAUGUAGUGUCCAGUUCCUCCAGCGGUUCCACUGUCACCAACUGUUCUGCCGGAGUGCUGUCCAGCAUUUCUGGCUUCUCUACAAACGCCAAACCUGCCAUUGUUGACACGCAAAGCUGUAGCCAGCGUCGUUCCACCACGUAUUGUUCCGUCGUGCCAGAGUUUUCCGUCCCGGGGCUCCCGUGGACCAAAAUCGACCUCGCGCUGCCGCAACUAAAAAUCGCGAUUGAGGUGAACGGACCUGGGCACUACUUGUUUCCAGUCGAGGAAGACGGGACCGUUUCGAAUUGCGGCCUAGAGGACGACGGGCAAGCGGAUGGCGCAAGGAGAAAACAACAAGACCAGCACCGGGAAGAGAAACACGAGCUGCGCCACUUGCCGCGAUCUUCUUCGUUAGUUUCCCGGCGGCACGCGGUGACUACCGGGUCGAGCGCGUUCCGCACCAGAUGCCUGGAAAGCUUGGGGUGGACUGUAGCGGAAAUCCACUUUGCGGACUGGAAACAAGCGGAGCGCACGGGCACGGAGGCGGCGUUUUUGCGCGAAACAUUGAAGCACGCGGUUACUAGGAAAGGGAAAAAGUAAGUAGUGGUCCCUAGUUUGUUGCAGUCGACGGUCGACAAAGCCGAGUUGACAAGCUUUAAGAGUGGUCUCGGCGACGUCAACAUCACGUGGAGAAGGGAGGACGGAGCGAGUUGCGAUGUAUGGCCAUUUUUUUUCUUCAUCUUCGCUGCCGACAUCGAUCUCUGGAGCUACACAAGCUACAUAGUACUGCGACGUCGAAGAAAGGAGUACAUGAGGAGAACUCAGAGCAGUGCAUAGUGCCCGAAGAGAAACAAAUCAUGUCGCAGUUUGUCUUUGGGAAUAAAGUCGAUACCGGAAUUUUGCUGUUCCACAAGUAAGUCGUUUUCGCUUUCUGGAUCGCGGACGUAUGGC